GUAGUUUGGCACUUGGCACGCGCAUUUACGCUCGGUGCUGAGCCCGAAUCCGCGCUCUCGCACGAAAUCCAUUUACUCUGUGGUAGUGGAGAGGGCCCUGAUUGAGUCUCUGUCGUCCGUCAAUCAAACAAUCCCUUCAGUCAAACCGCAGGACAACCCUUAAAUCGGCCUGAGAGCGACCACGGGUGACUCUACGGAAGAUAUCGGCACGACUCGACCUCCUGGGAGCCUGAAGCAUGGCGGAUUCGAGCAGCACUGCAGCGGUCGGAGCCACAGGCUCGAAUAGUGGUGCUGCCGGGAUGGCUGGCACUGUUGCGCAUGAUGGAGCAACUGGAGCUGCGGGACCCAAGGUUGGGUCGGAGUCCGUCAAGGGGCAGAUUUUUGACGUUGGCCCCCGCUACACCAACCUCUCCUACAUCGGAGAGGGGGCUUACGGAAUGGUUUGCUCUGCCCUGGACAACAUGACAAACCAGCGCGUAGCCAUCAAGAAAAUCAGCCCGUUUGAGCACCAGACGUACUGCCAGCGCACACUGAGGGAAAUCAAGAUCCUGCUGCGUUUCCACCAUGAGAACAUCAUUGGCAUCAACGACAUCCUCAGGGCACGGCGCAUUGAGUGCAUGAGGGACGUCUACAUUGUGCAGACUCUGAUGGAGACAGACUUGUACAAACUGCUGAAGACCCAGAAGCUGAGCAACGACCACAUCUGCUAUUUCCUCUACCAGAUCCUGCGAGGCCUCAAGUACAUCCACUCAGCCAACGUGUUGCACCGUGACCUCAAACCCUCCAACCUGCUCAUCAACACCACCUGUGACCUCAAGAUCUGUGACUUUGGCCUGGCGCGGAUAGCCGACCCUGAGCACGACCACACAGGGUUCUUGACUGAAUAUGUGGCCACACGUUGGUACAGGGCCCCAGAAAUCAUGCUCAACUCAAAGGGCUACUCCAAGUCGAUUGAUAUCUGGUCAGUGGGCUGCAUCCUGGCUGAGAUGCUGUCCAACAGGCCCAUCUUCCCUGGGAAACACUACUUGGACCAGCUCAACCACAUACUGGGCAUCCUUGGCUCUCCAUGUCAAGACGACCUGAACUGCAUCAUCAAUAUGAAAGCCCGCAACUACCUGCAGUCCCUGCCUGAGAAACCCAAGAUCGCAUGGGACAAGCUUUUCCCCAAAGCUGACUCCAAGGCUCUGGACCUGCUAGGCCGCAUGUUGACCUUUAACCCUAUCAAGCGCAUCAGCGUUGAGGAGGCACUGGCUCACCCUUAUCUGGAGCAGUACUAUGAUCCCACAGAUGAGCCAGUAGCAGAGGAGCCCUUCACUUUCAGCAUGGAGCUGGAUGACCUUCCCAAGGAGAAGCUGAAGGAGCUGAUCUUCGAGGAAACAGCCCGUUUCCAGGAAAACUACCAGGGCUCCUGAGACACACAGCUGUAAAGAAGAGUGAAAAAAGCCACACAGAGGCUCGGAAGAAGACGACUCCAAACGUCAUGAUUAACAAAAAAAAAAAAAAAAGAAAAAAAAUGCAUCUUCAAGAAACCAACAAAAAGAGAAACCAAGAAAUAUGAACAUUUAACAGCUUAUCUUUCCAUUUCUACUGCAAGAGAGCUAAGUUUAACUUUGAUUUCCGUGGUUGGGUGGGGUGGUGGGGUCUGUUGUGCUCAUACUGUUUCAGUCUCGUCCAACAUGUUGGACUCUCCCUCCUCUUCCUCCUCCUCCUCCUCCUCUUCCUCCUCCUCCUCUUCCUCACUACGCAUGUUUUCCUUUUUUGUCCCGGGCCCUCCUCACCUGACCCACAGCCCCCCUUGUAUCCCGACCAAACCUUUUCACCCGUUCCUGCACCAUAUGUCCACAUCCCUCUCUCUUUUUCUCCCCCACUCUCCAGUCGCUCUCCCCCUCACUAGUCACAGCAUAUAAACAUAUACUACUGUAUUAACCAACACCAUAACUCGUGUCUUGUUCCUUGGAAUUUAGAGCCUGGAAAAAUACAGGGGUAGGAGGAUAGGGGGCGCUAAUUGGGUGUGUGUAUGUAUAUACAAAUAUAUAAAAGUGUUUGUUUGUUUUUUCUCUGAGUGUGCUUGUCGCGGUUUUUGUUUGUACACCGUUAUUUGAGCGUUUCUAAUCAGUUUAAGAGUCGUAUUUGUAUGUUUUGGGGUUUAUAUUUGCAAAUCAUUUUUGAACACUUGAUUUUGAGAAGUACAUUCAAUGUUUUUACAAGGCAUGUUUGCAGGUUUAUAUAUUUCUUUGUUGUUGCUCUUUUUUUUUUUUUCCUAAAAAAAAAAAAAUUAUGUAUGAUGUUCAUGUGAAUGCAUGCAUUCCUGAAAUUUACCAAAGUGGCAGAGAGAAGCAAGGAAUUUGGCUGGAUAGCAACUGUGGAAUGGCUGUCACAGGCUGUCUUUUUUUUUUUUUUUUGUAUUCUACCUUCGAUACAUUUUUUUUUAACUUAAAUUCAAACCUAGGGCAGACAGACUGAACUCUUCUGUCAUCUGGAGAAGAUUUGUUGUAUUCAAGAGGUGCCACAUGGUUAGAACAACCCAGAUAGAAGUAGACAGCAUAGAAAAUACACAGCAUUCACAAUUCUCUGCUCAUGUAAAGUACACGUUACAAUGGUGAUACCUGCACCCCAUUUUCCCAAACCUACAUGGUGCUCUGUGCCAUACAAAGACCACUGGAUUCUUUUUUUUUCUACCCUGCACCUCCGAGUUUACCCCUUAAAAAUCAGCUGCUGAUUUUAGGGAAGGUGAGAAUCACAGACUUUCACUUCCCCUUAUUUGACACAUGAGAAAUCAACCUGAACCUGGCCACGGCCUUUUGUGAUUUAUUGUGAAGACUAGAGAAACAGACUGAAUUUCACCCAAACACCCUCAGACGUAAGAUCCUGGUAUAACAUCAAACACAGAUUGCACCCCAUGCAUUACAAAGAAAUGUGCAUGGUUACUUGCAAGAGUGUGGUUUCUGGAAAAUGAGGCCUAGUUAUCAUUUGGACUGUCCCAGUAUCAGCCUGUUCCAUCCCAACAUGCUAUUAUCAGCUGUUUUGCACUAGCUGUGUUUCCUGUUUCCCACUCUUUGACCCAGUACAGACGAGGGUGGAAGUGCUCGGAGGUCAGGGGCUAAUUCACAGGGAAGGCAUUUAGCUGCAGCUCUGUUCUUAGAUAAAAUCGGUAUACGUAAAAUUCCACAAUCGCAUGCAGUCUAGUGCAGAGGAAGUGUCAUUUCCCGCAAGUAUUGUUAAGACUAAGAUGAUCUUGGCCUGUUGACUCGGGGUAGGAAUGUAGGUGACCUGAUUUUCUGUAAAACCAAACCCGCCAAAGUCUCAGUGUCUCUCCUGUAUCCAUCUGCCAGCGGCGAGCCGUCGCAGCGGGAGAGAAAAUGUGAAAUUUUUACGUUUAAUCAGCUGCGUCGUCAAACAAUGGUAGUUAAACCUAGGCAUGUCAAAGUAUUGUCCCGCCCUGCUGCACGGAUAUCCCUACUCAGCACCACACUGCUCGUCACACAGCCAACCACCCAUCAUCACUUAAUGGUUGUACAUAUCCCAGUUUGCGCCUCUCUGCCCAUUCCCAUGUCCAUAUUUCCCUGUGAAACUCUCCUCCCUCUCCUCUCCUCCCUUCACUCCUGUCUUUUCUCGGCUGCCUGGGGGCUUCGGGGGUUUUGUUUAUGUACUUGAGAGUUGUCUUUUCAUUAAGGGCAAAAGCACAAAUCUUAAUUGUGCUGGGGUGAAGUGUUCACUGUGUGUUAGGAGAGUCUGGCUAGCUAUGUUUGUACUAACAGUGGGGCUGAUUUCUUGUUUCUCAGACAUGGCUAAUCGUCUGUGUGUGUGAGUGUGAGUGUGUGUGCAUUCAUCUUCCAUGUUCCUGUUACCGGUUCAUUUGUGUUUUUUUCCUCCCCCCCCGCUUGUUUAAUCGCUCUCCUGUCUCGUCCUGGAUGUCACUGUAUUAAUCACCACUUGGAGGAGUUCCACCCCUCCAUAAGUAGCUCGGUUUCUCCGUCUGCAUUCAUUUUGCCUGCCAGAGACCCAACAGGACGGCCCCACGCUGGACAAACUGCAUCCACUGGAUACAGGAACAAAUCUCUGCCAAUGCCAGUAGACCCAGGUCUUGGAUGAUGACCUUACCAGCCUUGUCCUCUCGCAGCAAAAGAGUGUCGUGUCUCGGCCUGAGCCAUGACACCGCGGCUCCUGUCGCACCAUCGGGUUAAGUGUUUUCCUAUCUGCACUUACUUCUCUGUGCAGGUGAAGAGUGAUUCAGACACGUGACCGUUCACUCGUUUACACGUUUGUUCCCCUCCCUAGACUCACCACGUUUUACUCAAAGGGCUGAUCCCCUCCCUCCCCACACCCAACCCACCCUCUGCUUAUCACUAGUGGUAUUGACCCUCUAAACCAUAUCACUGAAUUCACUGCCGCUCAUUUGGUUUCGCUUAAUUUCCCUUUUCUUUCAGGCUCCUGCUCCUCCUCUCGCUCAUUAGAAAUCACCACCCUCCUCCUUUUUUUUUUUUUUUUGUUCCCCCCCACCUAAAUCUCGGAUGAAAAUAUGAAAAUGUCCCAGGGAGUGUUGGAGCUCAAAGCGGCAGCAGCCGGUCACACAGGCAGGAAACGCGUUCCAAUCACACGACUCAAUCAGCGCACCCUGCACUUUGCCUCUCCAGCCACGCUCUGUCCCCUUGGAGAUUUUUUUUUGGUGGCCAUUACUUUACUUUUUUUUUUUUUUUUUUUUUUUUUUUUUCAUUUUUCUUUUUGUGGUUUUGUCAAAAGCAAAAGGUCGUUCCCUUAACAUUCACUUAACAUUCUUUGACCAACAUGGAUUGUCUGUUGCAUUUCAUGUUUGUGUGCGUGUCUGUUUGGCAUUAACAUGCAGCAAAGAAGACCUUUCAGCUCCCAUGUUGUGCUUGGAUACGUGUGUAUGUGUGUGUAGGUGUGUGUGUGUGUGUGUGUGUGUUGUUUCCUCACAACUAGGGCGCUCUCCCCCUCUCUCCCCUGCCUCUCUGUUUUUACGUCUGCGUGACUUUCUGUCUUUUCUUUGACCAAAAGCUGCUUAUCUCACCCGCCCUAGCCGCGCUUUCUCUCUAACACCACCACCAGACCAAACAUCUCACUGGGUAACCAUGGGAACAAACCGACCGGACCAUGUAAGCAAUUCUCCUAACGCUCGCAUUCACACACACACACACACACACACCACACACACACACAUUCAGACACAUACACACAUACUCAAGUGUCGAGUCUGUGCGUUUGUGACAAUUUGCACUUAUAGAAAACAUUCACACCGCAUCUCCAAGUCUAAAGGCCUGCCUGUCAUGAGGCCCAUUUCCACAUAUUGUCGUUUUUAAAUGGCUGUUCUUAUUAUUGCUAUUAUUGUUGUUACAUUGGUGAGUCGUUGUAUUUUCUUUUUUUCUUUUCUUUUUUUUUUUUUUACAUAAAAGGGAGUUCAAGUUGUAUCUUUUUUUUUUUUUUAACCAUUAGAAUGUUUCUAUUUUUAUUUUUCUCCUCAUUUCUCUUAUGGGCGUGAUUAUUAUUGGCAGUGUUUUCAGUCUUUCUGAAACCUUUUUUUUUCCCCCUUCCCAUCUCCAAGAUCUUAUAAGGAAUUAUUAUUUUAAAAGAAGAUAUACGUAGAUUGUCAAAGAGAUAUGAGUUAUUGAGGGUUAUAGUCUGUAUAUUCUAUGGGUAUUAUGAAUUAAACAAUUAACAAAGAAACAGAAUUAUAUACAUAUAUUAAAUAAAAUUCCUGAUACUGUUA